UCGCGGCGUGUUGUCGGGUGCGGGACAUUGUUACGGAUUUUACCUCAGGUCGGGUCGGCGCUUUAGGUCCUACCCUGUCUGCCGACCUGAGUGCUUUGGAGCCACUUUCUAUAUUUUGUCCGCGUUUUUAUCUAACUCACCUUUUGGAUCAUGACAGCCAGGAUUCGCAUCCAACAGGAGCGACCAUGGGGCGCUGAAGGGGAAGUGAAGAAAGGGYUGAUGGAUCAACUGGCGGAAGCGAUUGGUGUAUUGGAGGAAGCGUUUGGGAAGCUGAGUAAAGGGRAGGCGUUCUUCGGUGGAGACCAAAUUGGGUUUCUUGAUAUUGCUUUUGGGUCGUUCCUGGGGCGGUUGAGAGCGAAGGAAAGCUCCAAUGGGGUGAAAUUUAUCGAYGGUGCCAAGAUUCCUGGGUUGGUCGGAUGGGCUCACAAAUUCUCCGCACACGCCGCUGUGAGAGAUGUCUUGCCUGACACUGAGAAGUUUUUGGAGUUUGGUAAGGUUAUUGAAGCCAAAAUGAAUGGAGUUUCUCCCUAG